GCCUUGCAGUAUUUUAAAGCUCCCAUCAAGACUGAAGAAAAGAGAGCCAGUUUGCAAACAGAAAGAAGGACUUCUUUAACUUCGAGAAACAGGCAGUCAUGAUUUGGAAAAGCACACUUCUGACUACUUUGAUUCUUCAUCUAAUUUCAUUUGAAGGGGGACAGAGCAUCGACCCUGAUGUAAUGCUGAAAUCAUGCUUUCCUCCAGCCAGACCUUCGUCAACCAAUAUCAAUGCGAUCUGUCUUUAUGGCAAUGGUCGUCCCAGAUAUCCUGCCAGCUAUUUCCCUCCCUCUAGUCACGCUUACGCUCGUCGGGCUGUGAAGGCAGUCAACAGGCUGGAGUCCUGGUUUGAGCAGUGCUGCUAUGGAGGUUUGUCCCAUGGAAAUGGACAGAUCCUUUGCUGCGCGGAACAGGCGUGGAAAAACUCCUUGUCCCAUUUCUGUAUUGAGGAAUACUCCAUCAAGACCAUGGUCCAUGAGUGCUGUGAGAAGAAGGGAGAUGAACGGUUGAGCUGCUUUGACAGGCAGGCUCCUAACCCUUCCUACCAACCCAUGUGUGGUUACAAUGCCCCACCUGACAGGAUUUUCUCCUGGGACCCCAACACCUGUUAAAGGUCUUACUGCCAUAUGUUUUGAAUUUCAUUUAGCAGCACACAACCUGUGUCAGUUAAUCAAAUGUGAAUCACAAGCAUAAUGUAGCAUGCUUUCCAUGUAAAUUAAACAUUCUCAGUGUACUAUAAGAACUGGAAUAUAUCGCUGUCUAUCAAUACAUUUAUUUUCACUUGUAUUAUUUCAUGCUAUAAUUUUUUUUUUCAAAAUAAAAUGUGCUCAUAGCAUUUGAAGUUCAGAGUAAAGUGUCAGUUUAUUUCCAAAGUGGCAAAAGGAUUUAAAGAAUUGUUUAGAUGUCUAUUUGACAUUUUUACAUCGGCAAGAUGUAUUUUUUAGGGGGUCUGCUUAUCUGCAAUACUUCUAUAAGACGUUUCCCAUCAGAUGUGAAAUGAAUGAAUGAAUGAAGGUUUAUUCGGUUACAAAACUUAGGACAAAAUUUAUGUACAGCAACUACAAUACAAAGAAAGAGGCUUAUUACGGCUACCCUAUUUACAAAACAACAUCUACCCAUCAGAAAUUAAGCAUAAACAAUAUACAUGCAUAAACAUAUACAUACUGUAGCCUAUAU